GGGGACAGUCGUCCAUUAAAUUAGCAAACUUUGCAGAAAUGGCUUCAGAGGACGCGUUUAAAGUGUCAUCCCUGAGGGGGAAAGUGGCCUUGAUAACGGGAGCCAGCUCGGGGAUCGGGGCAGGAACGAGCGUCCUGUUCGCGAAACUUGGAGCUUUGCUGGCUUUGAACGGCAGAGACGUCCAGAGCCUCCAGAAAGUAGCCACACAGUGCACUGAAAGUGGAGCCGCUGAGCCUCUGCUUGUUCCCGGAGACCUGACAGAUGAAGACACAGUGAGGAAGACUGUGGAGAAAACUAUUGCCCACUUUGGCCGACUGGAUGUCCUGGUUAACAACGCAGGCGUCUUGGAAUAUGGCAGCAUCGAGACCACAGACAUGGCUCAAUAUGACAAGGUCAUGAAUGUCAAUGUCAGAUCCGUCUUCCACCUGACUCAACUCUGUGUGCCCCACCUGAUUAAAACCAAAGGGUCCAUUGUCAAUGUUUCCAGUGUGAAUGGACAGAGAUCUUUUUCUGGUGUGUUGGCUUACUGCAUGUCUAAGUCCGCUAUUGACCAGUUUACACGCUGCGUGGCUCUUGAGCUGGCAUCGAAGCAAGUCAGAGUAAACUCUGUCUGUCCUGGAGUGAUCAUCACAGACAUCCACAGGAGAGCUGGGCUGGAUGAGGAGCAGUAUGCCCAGUUUAUUGCGAAGUGCAAACAGACGCACGCCCUCGGUCGGCCAGGGGAGGUGGAAGAGGUGGCGCAGAGCAUUGCCUUCCUGGCAUCCGAUGCAGCCAGCUAUAUCACCGGGGUGAAUCUACCUGUCGACGGGGGCCGCCAUGCAAUGUGCCCUAGAUGAAAGAUGUUAACAUGGAAAACUCUGAAAA